AUGCUCUUAGACCAGCUGAAAGAGAUCACAGAAAUUCAGGAUUCGGCAUUCUUGCUCGCUGCUCUGAAGGCUGCUAAUGGAGACCUGAUGGAAGCAGUCACCUUCCUGACGGAGGAGCUGGCGCAGGAGCCGGCGCGGGACCUGGCUGCUGCAGAGCCCUCCGUGUGGGAGGGGAGCGCGGUGGGCAAACACCUCCCACAGAGUGUCCCUGCUGCACCUGCCCCUCACAACCAAGACAACCUCUGCGCAGCCAGCGCCGUCAGACCGAGGGAGUCGCCGAAGGCUCCGGCGGCGGAAAGGGAUGCGGCAGAAAGACCACAGGGACACCCUCCCGCCGAGAACAAAACCCGCUCCAAACGGAAACGCUGCGAGGUCUGGGGAGACGGCUCCCAGCGGAAUGACUGGAGAAAAGGGAGGGACUGGCCUGUUGGAAUGAAAAAUAUUGGAAAUACCUGUUGGUUUAGCGCUGUUAUACAGUCUCUGUUUCACUUGCCAGAAUUCCGGAGGCUGGUCCUUGGGUACUCUCUCCCACAGAAUGUGCUUGAAAGUUGUCGUAGUCGCACUGAAAAAAGAAAUAUUGCAUUCAUGCAAGAACUUCAAUGUCUAUUCGCGCUGAUGUUGGGGACAUGGCGUAAUUUCGUAGACCCUUCUGCAGCACUGGAACUCUUGAAUGAUGUGUUCAGAUCUGCUGAAGAACCACAGCAAGAUGUGAGUGAAUUUACGCACAAACUACUGGACUGGCUGGAGGAUGUGUUCCAGCUCGCUGUGAAUGUCACGAGCCCUGGGGACAAAGCCGAAAACCCAAUGGUACAGCUCUUCUACGGGACCUUCCUGACGGAGGGUGUCCAUGAGGGCAAGACCUUUUCCAAGAUUGAGACCUUUGGUCAGUAUCCCCUUCAGGUCAACGGUUAUCGGAACUUGAAUGAGUGCUUGGAAGGAGCCAUGGUGGAGGGAGAGAUGGACAAGGCAACAGCAUCUCAGUCAGUGGAGUAUGGACAGGAGCGUUGGUUUACAAAACUCCCACCAGUUCUGACCUUCGAACUCUCCCGAUUUGAGUUCAAUCAGUCGCUAGGACAGCCAGAGAAAAUUCACACCAAGCUGGAGUUCCCCCAGACUAUUUAUAUGGACAGGUACCUCUACUGCAGUAAAGAGCUUAUUCAGAUGAAGAGAGAAGAAGUGAAGAGAUUGAAGGAGAAAGUAGUGACUCUGCAGCAGAAACUGGCAAGGUACAUGGAAUAUGGCUCUGGCUCUGCCCGCUUUCCACUGCCUGACAUGCUGCAGUACGUGCUGGAGUUCAUCUCUGCGAAGCCAGCUGUGGCUGUUUCCUCUGCUCAGGGCUCUCGGACAAUGCACUCCCAAGCCAAGCCUCACAUUCUGGAUGUGCGUUCACAGCCAAAUGGCAUGCUGGGAAGGAUGGACGUUAGUACUGAAGAUGAAGCUGUCUUUUUGGCAAAUUCUUCGCUGCAGCAAAACUCCAGUAUGGAGCUCCAGCCUUCUGUCUCACCAGCAGAACUGUCUGAAGGUCCAGCUCCUCACAUGGUCUCCGAGGAAGAGCUGAACCUGGUUCAGACGUGUCUGCAGCGAUGGAGAAAAGAGAUCGAACAAGACAUGCAAGAUCUGAAGGAGUCUAUUGCCAGAACCAACCUGUCCAUUGAACAAAUAUACUGUGACCCUCUCCUCCAACAGGUUCCCUAUCGUCUGCAUGCAGUCCUGGUCCAUGAAGGGCAGGCAAACGCAGGGCACUACUGGGCCUUCAUAUACAACCAGCCUCGGAAGAGGUGGCUCAAGUACAACGACAUCUCGGUGACAGAGUCAUCGUGGGAAGAGCUGGAGCGAGAGUCGUUUGGAGGCUCGAGGAACGCCAGUGCCUACUGCCUGAUAUACAUCAGUGACCAGGUGUCCCCUGCUGGUGCAGAGGAGGAUGAGGGCCCAGAGGCUGGACAGUUCCAGAAAGAAGUAGAAGCGUUGUCCCCAGAACUGAGACUCUACAUCCAGGAGGACAACUGGUGCUUGGAGCUGGAGGCAGAGGAGUGGGACGAGGAGCAAUCUUGCAAGAUUCCUCAGAUGGACCCUUCACCUGCUUCUGUAUCACAGGACAUCUCUUCUGAGUCAGGUUCAGAUCAGCUGUCGGUCUGCAAGCAGAGCGCGUGCUCCCUGUCCUCGGAGCACGCCAGGAUUGCCAAGGAGCAGACUGCCAAGGCCAUCGCCAACAGCGCCGACGCCUACGAGAGGAAGGGCGUCGAGGCAGCUCUGUGCGAGCCCAAGGAGGUAGAGCCACUGAAGGCCCAGCUGGGAGAAACAGCCCUCACUGUUCAGGCAGAGCAGCCCCAGGACGCUCAGGAAGCAGAGGCUGCUGCCCAAACUAGCUCACAGGUCUCUGAAGUGGAAAUCCCCAGUGUGGGGAAGAUUCCCGUUAGAUCUGAUGCAGACGGAUAUAAUGAGGAGGUGAUGCUGAGUCCAGCCAUGCAAGGCGUCAUCCUGGCCAUUGCCAAAGCCCGCCAGACCUUUGAUCGCGAUGGGUCUGAAGCAGGGCUCGUGAAGCUUACUGUGAUCUCUGUUGUCAGAUGUGUCCUCAAGGAAUGUCUGCCUGAACAGAGGGGUUUGAAAGCAUAA